CAAUGAAACGAGGUGUUUUUUAUCACAAGCUUAACGGUAUUUAGCACCAUCACUGUAUCUCAAAACCAAAAUAUUCAAAUAUUUUUGAAAUUAAGGCGUUAUUUUUUAUUACAUUUCUCAUAAAAUUAACGAAAUAAUUUAUCGAACAUCUAUAGUCUUGCUAAAAAUGAAAGGAUUUUUUAUUGUAUUUCUAUAAAAAAAUUCAUGUAAAUGUUAACUUUUUUAAAUUUUCGCGCUCAACUGAAGCUGCACUGACUGAGAUGCUCGAUCUGUGUAGUUAUCGUCUGCCAUACGAGGGGGCGUUGUAAUUUCUUUGGCCGAUAAAGAUUAGAAAUACAUAUAACAUAUAACAUAACAUAACAUAGCAGCAGCCGUCAGCACAGCAGCAGCUCGCACUCACAGACACAGCCGCAGUACUCAGUCGACACCCGACAAUCACACGUGCACACCAUACACGUACAAAGUAACACAGCACAACGAAACACAACCCAAACAGUGUGCGCACUUACCCGACAGCUCUGCUUCAGUUUUCAGCUCUGCUCUUGAAAACAUUUCAGAUCAGGUUAAGUGGUGAAAAAAGGUUAACAAAAGUUAACCAUUCUUUUUGAUAAUUGUUAAAAGUGAAUCAGUGCUGUAUAAAAACUGUUACUCAUUGUGGUCAAUUUUAGUGUACUUUUUCUUGAACGAGUGUCGCAUCAUCUCAUUUACCUAAUAAAUAGUAUCAGCCAAUCCAAAGAAAAACUGUCAAUAUGGGAAAGCACGAAGUAGGCACACCAAAAUAUAUUGCCAAUAAAAUGAAAGCUAAAGGUCUGCAAAAAUUGCGAUGGUACUGCCAAAUGUGCCAAAAACAAUGUAGAGAUGAAAAUGGCUUUAAAUGCCAUACAAUGUCAGAAUCACAUCACCGUCAGCUUCUAUUAUUUGCUGAUAAUUCCCAUAAAUACAUGGAUCAAUUUUCCAAGGAGUUUUCUCAUGAUUAUUUAUAUUUGCUUAAAAGGCAAUUUGGAACCAAACGAGUUCCAGCAAAUAGGGUAUAUCAAGAUUAUAUUGCUGAUAGAAAUCAUAUUCAUAUGAAUGCAACACAGUGGUUAACGUUAACAGCUUUUGUAAAAUGGUUGGGUAGAACUGGAAAGUGUGUUGUUGAUGAAACAGAAAAAGGUUGGUUUGUAACGUACAUUGAUAAAGAUCCUGAAACAAUAGCUGCUUCCGAAAAAAAGGAAAAAAAAGAAAAAAUGGACCGUGAUGAUGAAGAGAAAACAAUGGACUUCAUCAAAAAGCAAAUGAAAAAAGAUAAACAGAAAGACAAAACAGAAGACGACUUUAAAAAACCGUUGGAAAGAACAGGAGAUGAACCUUUAGUACUUGAUAUUAAAUUAAAACCCAAAACAGGUUUAAUUAUUAAACCGACUAAAAAAGAAACUUUGGCUGUGAAAAUCAAACAAGAACCAUUAAGUGAUGAUGAACAAAUCAAAAGUAGUAACAAACGAAAAUUGGAUUCAUUUGAUGAAAAAUUACCUAUUUCUAAAAGAGUAAAAAAAGAAAAAGAUGAAUAUCAAAGAGAUUUAAACAAAGGUUGGCUAAGACCAGGGCUAUCUGUAAAGAUAAUCACAAAAUCUUUAGGAGACAAAUAUUAUAAAUCAAAAGGGACUAUUAUAGAAACUAUUGAUAAAAAUAGUUUUGUUGGUAAAGUAAAGCUCCAAUCUCCAGAGGAAGUAGCAGGACAUAUUGUUAAAAUAGAUGAAGAACAUCUUGAAACAGUCAUUCCAUCAAUUGGUAGAGAUGUAAUGAUUUUAUACGGAAAGUAUGGUGAUAAAUUAGCUGUAAUUGAAAAAGUUAGAGAAGACGAAUUUUGUGUUGAUGUAACAUUAAAAGAUGAAAAAAAACUAGUGAAACGAAUACCAUAUGAACAAAUAAGCAAAUAUGUUAAAAAAUAAUUUAAAUUGUUCAUAUUAUCAGAAAAAAAUAAAAUAUUAUUU